CGACGACGAAAGCACGACCGACGGCGACGAGGCUGAUUAGGUGUUGGGCUGCUGAACACUGGGCUUUGCGUUGCGACCCUGCUUAUUCUUUACAACAAUGUCUGUCCUUCCUCUAAGUUCGCCCACAUUUCCCCACAACGGAAGUGCAAGUCCAGGACCCAUGCGAUCCGCUGGGUCUCUCUCGAACCGUGUUCCUGUGAUGUUCAGACGGCUCACGCGCUUCCAGCAAAUGGACUUCGAGUUGGCGGCAUGGCAGCUCACAUACCUAUGUCUAGCACCCAAGAGAGUAUAUCGCAACGUAUACUUCCACAAACAGACGAAGAAUACGUGGGCAAGAGACGACCCUGCGAUACUCAUCCUCAUUUCCGGAUGUUUGGCAGUAUCUGCGAUUGCUUGGUCCGUGGUGUACUCGUACUCACCGUUCCAGGCGAUCGAGCUUGCAUUUCUCAUGAUCUUCCGAGAUUAUCUCUUGGUUGGUGCUAUCAUGGCAACAUUACUGUGGUUCUUCUCGAACAGAGUGCUGCUCAGCCCGCCAUCGCAUUCAGCGCCAUCGGACUCAGCGGUUGAGUGGGCGUAUGCCUUCGAUGUGCAUACGAACGCCUUCUUCCCUCUCUACCUCACAUUAUACCUCGCACAAUUAUUCCUGGUACCGAUUGUGCUGAGGGGCAACUGGAUAUGCCUGUUCGUAUCCAACACGCUGUACCUCGCUGCUUUCGCGCAGUACACGUACGGUGUGUAUCUUGGGCUGAACGCCCUACCAUUUCUCGUCCGUACGGAGGUUCUCCUCGCACCGUUGCUCCCGUUGUUCACGGGAUACAUCAUAUCGUUAUUGGGCUUCAACAUCGCUAAGCAUGUUUUACCUAUGUACUUCGGUUCAUAAUCGGACAUGGCCAUGUUCUACUGUGCCUGCUAACUUACGAGAGUACCAAGCCGGCUAGGAAUAUGGCGUCUCGUAGGGGUCUGUAGGGCCUCUCGCACUCUACGAAGACGCCUCGACUACAUAUUCAGGGCAUCGUGUGCUGAGCCGCGGCAUUUUCCACAUACAAGCAAGCAUUUGUAUAUUGGCAGAUGGUCAGUGGGUGCGUCAAUCAUGGACCUGUGGCAUACAUAGAUCCGGCAAUGCAGUCCUGUGUGGAUGAGACGACGGCCUCCCGGUCCUGGUUAGUUGGAACUGGCGUCUUCAGGAUUUGCAACGUGCAGUGUCA